GAUCCUAACAGUUUUCCCAGCGUGACGUGGAUCGAUCUCGGGAACAAUGUGGACAUCUUCUCCCUGCCCCAGCCCUUCUUGGUCAGCCUCAGGAAGAGAUGUCCCAAGCAGGGCAACCUGCCAACCAUCCUGGAGUUUGGAGAAAGCCAGGCCAGCGACCCCCCCGACAGGCCCAAGGGUCUAAUGGAAGAGGAGGAGACAGAUGAUACCAACCGAACUGAGAGCAUGGGUGAACUCCGAUCUGAGGUGGAGGAGGAGAUGGAUGGAGAGACAGAGAUCGAGGAAAUGAUGGAGGAGCUCCUGGACUUUGACAGGGAGGUGCAGGGGAAGGAUGACGAGGAGGACAGCAUGUGGAUGGUGGGGGAGCAGAGGAGGAGCAGGAGGGAGAGGCGACGGGAACAAGAGGAGAAAGAAGAGAAGGAUGCACGGAGGAGCGGUUUGCGGUCGGGAAGGACGGCAGUAAUGGCGGUGGACGAGGACGACACAUCCCGCCUGUCCUGCUCCAGCCAAUCACAACACUCCUCUGCAGCAGUGGAGCAAAUGAGAGUGGAGGAGGACCUGAGCGACCUAUCAGAGCUUUUAACCUGA